GUGUACGCAAAGAAGGCUCACGCAUGCGCGUCCCUCCACCAUCCUCCCGGCAUGAGCACCGCCCCGGCGGCCGCCGCCCUGAACCACUGGAACCGCCUGAUCCAGCUGGCCGCCGCAUCGGGCUCCUACGCCGACUGCCUCCGCCUCUACGCGGGCUCCCUCCUCGCCGCGGGCCUCAGCGGCGACGCCUCCACCUUCCCUUCCCUCGCCAAGUCCUGCGCCGCGCUGCGCCUGCCCGGCCUCGGCCGCGCCAUCCACGCCCGCGCCUUCCUUGCGGGCGCCGCCGUCUCCCGCGACGCCUUCGUCCGCACCGCGUUGAUAGACAUGUACGCCAAGUGCGGCCGCCUCCCCGACGCGCGCAGCCUGUUCGACGAAACGCCGCGCUCGAGCCGGACGCUGGUCGCCUGGAACUGCAUGGUCUCGGCGUACGGCAGGAGCUCUCAGAUGGAUGAGGCCGUCGCGGUGUUCAACGCCAUGCGGCGCGCGGAAGUCAGACCCAGUGGGAGCACCCUCGUCGGCCUUCUGUCAGGCUGCGCGGACUCCGUGUCCGCAAGGAACAUAGGCGUGUGCCUCUACGGGUAUAGCGUCAAAUCAGGGCUUGAUGCGGAUUUGCUUGUCUUGAACUCGGUGCUUACCAUGCUCGUACGUGGCAACCAGCUGGAGACUGCACAGUGGCUGUUUGAUCGUGUGGAGAACAAGUCUGUGGUUACUUGGACUGCAAUGGCAUCGGGUUAUUUGGCAGCAAAGGACUGUGUAAAAGUGUUUGAUCUGUUCAGAGUCAUGCGGAUGACAGAGCAGAGUAUGGAUUCAGUGGUGCUUAUCAAUCUGACCACAGCUGCAACACUGUUUGGAAACCUGUUGGUGGCUAAGGGUGUGCAUGCUCUUGUGAUCACGGGUGGUUUUCAGUUCCAGGAUGAUCUGGCAGCAUCCUUGGUAAAUUUGUACACCAGUUGUGGGGAUCCUUUGGCUGCUAAAGAGGUAUUUGAUUCAGUUCCCAGCAAGAACGUUGUGUUGUGGACAUCAAUGCUAAAUGGAUAUGUCGAAUGUGGUUAUCCGGACCAGGCCCUGGAAUUAUUUGAUGCCAUGUUGUGUGCAAGGGUAGAACCAAACAGAGCAACUUUAUUGGCGGUUCUUUCAGCAUGCGCUAAUUUGGGAUCCCCUAAUCUUGGCCAAAAGGUUGAGGAGCAUGUAAUAGCAAUUGGACUGCAGUCAGAUCUGCAAGUUUCCACUGGACUAAUAGAUAUGCAGUGCAAGUGUGGGCGCAUUCAGCAUGCUAGAAAAAUAUUUGACAGUGUUUCUAAUAGGGACCUAGCUAUCUGGAGUGCCAUGAUUAAUGGCUAUGCUUGCAACGGCGAAGGCAGUGAGGCUCUCGCCCUUUUCAGUGAGAUGCAAAACAGGGGUGUUCGACCAGAUGCCUUUGUCUUUACUCAUGUUCUAACAGCAUGCAACCAUUCUGGUUUAGUAGAUGAAGGUCUGAAUUGCUUUCACAGCAUGACGGUGGAAUAUGGUAUCAAACCUUCUAUCGAACAUUAUAUGUGCAUGAUGGAUUUGCUUUCUAAAGCUGGUCAUCUUAGUAGUGCUAUGAAGUUCUUUAAGGAAAUGCCAGUUCAGUUGCGAAACCAGGUUUUGGCUCCUCUUAUCAGUGCACACAAAGUUCAUGGUGUCGAUUCAUCCAUAUACUUUGUAUCAGAGGAACUUUUGAACCUGGACUCCCAAGAUUCUGGCCACUGUGUCCUAAUUUCUAAUAUGCUUAGUUGCUUAGGUGAGUGGAAGAAGGCCAGAAAUUAUAGAAGGCUAAUAAGCAAAGGAUUAGUCAAGAAACCUGGUUGGAGUUACAUUGAGAUGGGUACCUAAUAGUCUAAUUGAUUUAUAUUUGUAUACAAAACCCAUAUACACAUUCUGUGAAUCCUAACAGAUGACGUGUUCUUUCAAGCUUAACGAAAGCACUUUUGGGACAAGCUCAAUUAAGGUUGGAGAAUUGAUUCUUCAUGGACUGAAUUUGAAUCUGUAUUUCUGAUAUUACACACUUACAAGUUACAAUAGUGUGGUGCUGAAAUUUGAAAUUUGCAUCCAACCCAUUGAUUUGGUGCGACCAAAUGCAAAGACAGCGCAGAACACCCAAUCAGAGUCAAUUGUCCAGAUUGAGGCUUAAUGAGGGUAAUCCUGAAGGGCUUUCCUAAUGUUAGUUGCUAUUGUCCAUAAACUUCUUAACAGAACACUGCUAAAGAAAAUUUCCAUAUCUACCAAGAGUUGCAGCAUAUGCAUUUCUUGCUAGGGAAGCUGUGGGGCUGCAGGAAUACACUGUCCCAUAAUUUAGACCUGUGGCGCCAGAAGUCAAUGUUGUAAAGGUAAAUAUUCUGACAGAUUUUUCAGGACUUUCCAUCUUUUCAGGUCGAUGGUUGCUUCAAGCAUAUGGGUUGUACAAAAUGAACAGGCAUAAAACAUACCAGGGGCUUGGAUAACUACUUUUUGUAGUUCCCUUUUUUUAUAUUAAAUUAUGAAUUAUCCCUAUGUAAAUACAUAGCAUCAAUUGGAAUGUAUUUUGCCAAAAUAUUUUUAACCUGUCGUUUACUUGUCCCCAAUGCGUGCAAUCUUGUGCUGCAGUGUAGAAUUGAUAAUUGACGAAACUGUUCCGUCCUUGCUGCUGAGUGCAUGAUCUUUUGAGUUAAA